AUGCAUUCUCCUAUUACUCACUGUGAUGAAGGAUAGGAUGGAUUUUCUAAUAAAGAGGAUUAGUUUGCGUCAGAAAUGAAAUCAGAAACAAAAGCAAGGAUUUUAAAUGGCCAAAAUAUGGAGAAUAUGUUUAAAUAGGAAUUUCACUCUCCUCCGCCUCCUUCUUAGAAAUAACAAACCCAUUUCAAUUAAAUAGCAUCAAUUAGCAACUAAGCCCGUGCUAACGAGUUAUAUAUAGAAGAAGUUGAUUAAUUUAACGAAGAUAUUAUAAGUAGAAAAGAGGGUAUUAAAAAUGAAGAAUUCAAUUUAAUAAGAAAUAUAAAUCAGGAUUUAAAAGGAGUUCAAUUAGAUUUUGGAAAAGCUGACUAAUAUUUUAAUGCAGAAAGAAACUAAGAAAGUGUUAGAUAAAUUUCUAAGAAUCAAUUUGAUUUGUUGGAUAUUAAGUCGAAGAGUUAAAGCGAAAACUUCUAAGAAAAAUCAAUGUAGAAAGAAAAAGAGAUGAAUAAUAAUUAGCAUGAUGAUUUAAAGGCAAAAUAUUUGCUAGAAGUUGAAGGUGUAGAAAAUGAUGCAAAAGAAAUUAAGGAUGAUAAAAUAUUUUAAAAUUAAAAUUUGAUAAAAUUUGAAAAUGAAACUGAUAUGUAAGAGUAUAAAUAGAAUAAGUAGAAGAGUAUAGAUGACUCCCUUGUUCGUAUUUACCAAAUUUGGUGUGGGAACAAUAGAUUUUUUUGGGAUGGCCGUCUGAUGAUGGGUCCAAAGACAGACAAUCUUUAAUAUACGCUAACAUGGAGUUUGAUAGUAGGCAUAUCAUGUGCUUUCUUUAUUUUAGCUGCUCCCUAUGUUUGGAUAAAUUUUGGGCCUCCUCUUAUUAUCAUUGAUAUCAUUUUGUUUGUAACUACCAUAUCUCUCUUUUCACUGACUACUUUCACUGAACCUGGAAUUAUUCCACGAAAAAAGUUACUGGAAAUAUUUCCAGACAAUAGAGUUUACCAGAACUUCAUUCAAAAAGAAGAAUAAGAACAAGAACUUAAUAAAAAAACUACAUUUCAAGCAAACAAAAAAAAUUCAAGAGAGCUUAUUAACUUUGAUAUAUUUCCAAAUCAAAUGAAUCACGUUAUUAGUCAAAGAAAUAAAAAUCAUUCAAGUUAUGAUAUAGCUGAUGGUUAGAUUCUAGAUGAAGAUAAAAAUAAAAAAGCCUCUGUAUUUUAAGUUUAUAAAAAUAAAGGUGAAGAAGCAGCAUAAAUUUAGUAAGCUGAAAUUUAGCAAAUAUGUAAUCUUGAUAUUGAAGAUAAGGGAGUAAAACAAGAACAAAAUAAGGAAAUUUAAAUAACAAAUAAUUAAAAUUCUGGUUUUCAAUCUUAAAUAAAUAAUUUGUGUGAAUCAGAAGGAGUGGCGAGAUAAUCCGAAAUCGAUAUAGCUUCUACAUAACCUCCACCCCAAAUACAAAAAAAAUCUUAACAUUUAAAUUAAUAAAUUAAUAUUUAUUCUGAAAUUGUUAAUAUGGAAUAGGAAAAUCACAAUGUUCCUGAAAUAAAUUUAAAUAAAUUGAAUAAUCAAUAAGAAAAUCCAGAUAUUCUUAAUUCAAAGUCUAAAAAUUAACUACAAUAGCAGCUCCCUGAUGAAAAGCAAUAAAAAUCAAUUAAACCAAAUAAAAAGUAAAAAAGAAAAUUUUGUAAAACCUGUAAAAUAUACCGGCCAGAGAGAGCUUCUCAUUGCAAAGACUGUGGCAAUUGUGUAGAAGUCUUUGACCAUCAUUGUCCCUUUGUAAAUAAUUGCAUAGGUAGAAGAAAUUAUAGGUAUUUCGUUGGGUUCCUUAUAUCAUUAGUUUUGCUUAGUAUCGGUGAAAUAUCAGGCUUCCUAAUCAUGCUUUUUUCAAAUUUUAAAAGUGGGAUCAGUGAAGGAAGCGUCGACGAAUCAAUUUUAAUUAAAAAUUCUACACUUUUGUUCAUUUUGCUCUGCUUUUUGGGUAUUCCCACAAUUAUACUCACUUGUCCUGUGCUCGGUUUAUGCACUUUUCAUGUGUUUCUUUUAAUAAAAGGGAAGACUACAAAAGAGAGACUUGGUCGUAAUUAAGAGAAUAACUUGCAAAAUACAUAAAUUUCAAAUCGAAAUUAGCCAGUUUGGUGUGGGACAGCAAAAUCUCUUUUUGAUCCUCGGCUGAUUCUAGAUCAGCACAAUUUAUCAAUCUACAGGGCUAAAGAGCUCUAAUACCAACUAGCCAAACUCAAAAAAAAAGACAAUAAAGAAGUUUAACAAGAAAUUUUAAAAAAUAUCUACAGCUAAGAAAAAGAUGAGCAAAACAUUUAGGAUUUACAUGAUAACUAGCAACUUCAAACUGGAGAUAUCUAAAAUCUAAAUGGAGUUAAUUAAAUUUAACUCGUUAAUCCUAUUUUGGAAAGCAACACUCUUCCGAUAAUCACCCAAUUCACACAAGGUCAACUUCAAUCAAAUAAAAACCUCAAUAAAAAUUUUUAAACAAUCAACGAACCUAAAUUACCCGAGAGCAUAUUUGAAAUGACCGAGUUCGAAAUAAAAAGCAAUGAUCAACAAAGGGAGGCUUUUGAUAAAUAAAACAAUCAAGCUGUAAACAAUAGCUAUCCCUACUGCAAUAUCUAAAUUUAUCAUAACCCAUAAUAAUUUGAGGAUAUUUUAGCAGCAUCUUCCUAAAAAAAAAAAUAAAAUGCCUCAAUGAAUCUAAAUAAAAACUAAGUUUAUGAAAAAAUCACAUUUAGCCAUAAAAUUAGACCUGAUCAUAACAACAGCAAUUAUCAGCCCUUAAUACCUAAAAAAUCUCAAUUCAUCUCUCACAACUCUUUCCUCUAUUAAAAUAAGCCGCAGCUAGAUUCCGUUGACAUUUAAUUUGUUGUCUAAAAGAAGCACUUUUAUACAACUCCAGGUCCUCAAUAAAUUCAUUGUCUAUUUAUAAAAUAGUAAGAAAAACUUCUUUCAAAAAAAAACCAAAAUGCUGAGCAACUUCAAUCAAAGAACGAAAAAAACCAAUUUACAUUACAAGCAUAAUAACAGCAGCUAUUAAUUUCAAAUAAUUUAUAUUUUAAAUCUCAUACUACAAACACUCUAAACAAUUAAUAAAUGUGUAUAAACAAUUCCUGA